AUGGCAAAUGAGGAUUCAGUUGCGCGUGCACUACAGCCGUACCUUGCCGCGCCUCACGCCCGGGUGAAGACUUUCAAGCCAGCGUUCGAAUUCACACUCCGGCGCGCAGCGGCUUCGCAUCGUGGUGCUCACGAUAGUAUUCCUUUCUCUCAGCAUGAUCUCAUACGCGUAGCGGAGCUUGAUGUAUUUUUUAAGAGCCUACUUGUGGAAGAAGAUGCUAGCGAUGCCAAACAUUCUGAUAACCUUGCAGUACAAGAUGAACUCGAAGCUGCGAGAGAGGCAGUUGAGCAAGGAAACUUGACAGUGCCAUUCUUUCUCGGUAAAUUGGCAGUAUAUUGGCUAGCGUCACAGGGAGCUCGUUCGCAGCGUCGUGUGAGGCGCAAGGAAUUGCGCAAGUUUGUUUGGCCUCGCGUCGAAACUGAAAUCCAAGAUGUGCGAGGGCACGAUGCCAAUCCUGCAGUGGGCAUUCAGGACUCAUCAAGUGGCGAGAAGAAGGCUACGGCACGCGGGAGGGGAUUCCUUAGAGGUAUAGGCAUAUUCCGAAGUAAGUCGCGAGCAUCGUGA